CCACUGGCCACCACUCGCAAACGUGUGAUGCUCCGGCCACCCGGUCCGCUCACUUGGCACCUGGCGCGGACUGCGACGCCAGCGGCGUGGGAGGUCCCAUCUGUUGGUAGCGCGUCUCGGGCCUCGAGCAGGACUGCUGUGGGCCAGCACGUCAGCCGUGUGUCGGCUGCGCUCCGAAGUCUUCUGGCCAGCGGCCUGGCUUUGCUCCUCAGGUCGCCGUUGAGACGAAGGAAGCUGGAGAUUCAGUACUCAAGGCCGAGCUGUGCUCCGUCAGCUUCCUACGCCUACAGCGUCUUGGCCUUCUAUCUGGUCCACCCUGUCAAGGCGCCACAGGAAGAGGCCUUGCAACACAAAGCUUGGUGCAGGUCCCGUGGCUUGCUGGGACGCGUGUGGGUCUCCAGCAGAGGUUUGAACGUCCAGAUCAGUGGGAAGACAGAGGACUGUGAGAGGUACGCAGACUUUGUCGCCAGACGCUUCCGCACCUGUCGAGGACCACUGGUUUGCAAGAUCGAUCCGGUGCCGGAACCGGCCUUUCCGAGACUGAGAGUCAAGGCCAAGCAGUUGGUCUCAUUGCACCCGGAGCUCGCGGAGCAGGUGGACAUGACCGACCGCGGCGAGGAUUUGGAGCCAGAAGAGUGGCGCCGGAAGCUGCAAGGCUUGUCGAUGGGAGAACCUGGCAAAGUCCUGGAUGUCCGCAACGACUAUGAGUGGGACUUGGGGCACUUCGCGCAUGCCGAGCGCCCGAGCACUGAGCAGCUGCGCGCCAUGACAGCUGAAAGCAUGGGCUUGCAGAGUGAAGAUCAGGAGACGCCCUUGUACAUGUACUGUACCGGUGGAAUCCGCUGCGAGUUCAUGGGUGCGGCGCUACGACAGCGUGGUUUCAAGAAGGUCUACAAGCUGAAGGGCGGGAUCCAGCACUAUGGCAACACUGUGGGCGCUGAGGAGUGGAAGGGACGUUUGUUCGUCUUCGACCGCCGCAACUCCAUCAGCGUGGGACCAGAGGGCCGCGCUGAACCUCAGUGGUGUUCCACUUGCGGCUCUCGAGUGGCCGAGGAGUUCUGGAACUGCGGGAACAUGGAUUGCAACCGCUGCAUGGUCACUUGCCGCGAGUGCUUGAGGAGCCUGGAUGGUGUUUGCUGCAAAGGCUGCAUGAGAGCCGCCAGGCGCUUGCCGGCGACAUGGAGAGGCAUGAAUGGAGGCUUGAACAACAUGCAGGCGCACUUUGCAUAUGGAAUGAUAUAUUCUCAACCAUAUAUCGCAAAAUAGAUUAUAAUCAUGUUCAUGUGG